CACUAAACUCUCUCUGACUUUUCCUCUUCGAUGUCUGCUGCAUCUACAUAUCAUAACUGCUAAUAAUAUUACUGCUCAAUCUGACUGAAUUCGAAGUUAAAUUUAAGGUUUAAAAGAUUUGAUCUCUAUUGUAACUUUGGCGACAAAUGGAUCAUCAAAGGUUUGGAUUUCUAUGUGGAUCAGAUAUCAAAAGAUUAGUGUUUAUAUUGGGAGUUAGUUUUGGUUUAGUUUUAGUAACACAAUACUUUGAAUUUCCUUCUGCUACACUUUUAUCCAUAUUUUCUGUGUUCACCAAUAGUACCGCCUUUUUCCCUACAGAAUCAUCCUCAAAUUUUGAAUUAUUAGGCAAUAACAGUCUCUCUAAUAGUAGUAGAAAUAAUGUAGCAGUAGCAGACAGCAAUGUCUAUGAGGGUUCAGUUAAUAUGUCGGGAUUAGCUUCUAAUGGAACUGUAAUUCAAGGUUAUGUAGAUCAGAACACAAGUUUGGUGUUAGAGAAAAGUCGGAUUUCGGUUAAUAAUGGUUCAGUUGCUACAGAAAUUGCUCCAGUUUUACUAAAGAAUGGAAGUUCUGAGUUUUUGUCAAAUAAUGAUUCUCCUAUGGCUAAUGUUUCUUCCACGAAGAAAUCCAAAAAGCCGUCGACUACAGUGUUCUCCAUAGCUCAGAUGAAUGAUUUGUUGCGGCAGAGUCACGCUUCUUCCCAUUCAGUGAGACCGUUGUGGCCUUCGGAGGUUGAUCAGCAAGUGAUUUUUGCUAGAUCACAGAUUGAGAAUGCAUAUGCAUCGAUUGUGAAGGAUGAUACUAUACUUUAUGCACCUAUAUAUCGAAAUAUUUCGAUGUUUGAAAGGAGUUAUGAACUGAUGGAGAACAUGCUCAAAGUAUAUAUUUACGAAGAAGGUGAAAAACCCAUAUUCCAUCAGUCAUUAUUGGAGGGCAUAUAUGCAUCAGAAGGAUGGUUCAUAAAGCUCAUGGAAGAUAAUAAAAAGUUCGUCACAAGAGACCCUAAAGAAGCUCAUUUAUAUUACAUUCCUUUCAGCUCACGACUUUUAGAGUUAACUCUCUAUGUUCGCCAUUCUCACAGUCGUACUAACCUUAUUGAGUACAUGAAAAAUUAUACUGACAUGAUAUCAGCAAAAUAUUCGUUCUGGAACAGAACUGGUGGAUCAGAUCAUUUUGUUGUUGCAUGCCAUGACUGGGCACCAGCUGAAACUCGAGGGCAUAUGCUAAAUUGCAUCAGAGCACUCUGCAAUGCUGAUAUCGAUGUAGGCUUCAGAAUUGGCAAGGAUGUAUCUCUUCCAGAAACAUAUGUGCGGUCAGCUCAAAAUCUUCAGAAAAAUUUGGACGGCAACCCUCCCUCUCAGAGACCGAUCCUCGCAUUUUUCGCAGGUAAUGUACAUGGUUUUGUCAGGCCAAUUCUAUUGGAAUACUGGGAAAACAAAGACCCUGAUAUUAAAAUAUUUGGUCCACUGCCUCACGAGAAGGGCAAUCGAAACUACAUCGAGUACAUGAAGAGUAGCAAGUACUGCAUUUGCCCGAGAGGUCAUGAAGUGAAUAGCCCACGAAUAGUGGAGUCUGUAUUUUACGAAUGCGUUCCUGUCAUAAUUUCUGACAACUAUAUACCUCCCUUCUUUGAGGUUUUAGACUGGGAAUCGUUUGCAGUUUUUGUGUCGGAGAAGGAUAUUCCGGACUUGAAGAAUAUACUCCUCUCUAUCUCAGAGCAAAAAUAUGUAGAAAUGUAUAAGAGAGUGAAAAAGGUACAACAGCAUUUCCUUUGGCAUACUGAGCCUGUCAAGUAUGAUUUAUUUCAUAUGAUUCUUCACUCUGUUUGGUACAACAGAGUUUUUCAAACGAAACUUAUUUGAAACUGUUUUUGGUGUAUUGAUUGAUUUGAAUGAUAAAUUGCUGCAGCUACGUAGUAUGUAUAAUCAAAUGCAAGAUGCUCCAAGAUUGCCUUUUUUUUA